AAGUUUAUGGAAUUUCCAUCACGGAGUAGGCAAGCGGUAGAUUUUUUGGUUUCUGUUUAUUUUUAAACAUAUAAUAUGAAGAAAGAUAUUGUUUUCAUAUUUUUAGCUAUAAUGCAAUUCCACCAAAACUCAGCAAGACAAACUACCACUAUGAAAAUAAGCGAUCGAAUAGUCAUAUUAAAAAAACAAAUACGAAACAGCCUUCGAAACCCAUCACCACACGAGCCAAUCCCAUCGUACUACGAAUCCGAGGAAAACGCGCCUAUAAAACCUAUCCUAGACGACGACGAAUUAAAGAAAGACGAUAAAUUCAAAUUAGCCAAAAUCAAAAGUAUCCCCACUACGGUUACAACCAAACUUCCACUCAGGACAAGAACGACUAAAAACAGCGUAAGCGGAAGACUAUUUAACAUACUGAAACAAUACAGCAUUAUUACAAAAGAUAGUUCAGCACCAAACGAUUUUAAAGAACUCGGCCAUUUUAUCCCAGUAACCAGACCUAAUAAUACAUUGACUACUAAAUUAGGCUUCAACAUUUUCUAUAGAAGGUAUGACAUGGAUAUGUUGUCGGAUGCGCAAGAAUGGACGCAUUGCAAUGAGCAUAUUACGCCGUAUUUAAAAGGGGCUAAGAAGGAGUUGGGAAGACCGAAGAAGAUUAUGCAGAAAGACCAUAUUGUACACCGACUGAUCAAUCUUAUUCGAGCCAACGUGACUAAAAUGACUCGCGCCGAGAAGAAGACCACUAUGUACCAGAUCAGCAAGCUGAAGAUCCGACUGUACUCCUGGCAUCUCGACGCCCUCAUGGACCUGACAACCCUUAUUGCCAGGUUGCACGGACGGAGUUAUAAAGUAGAUUUCUUAGCCAUCAAACGAGGGUUGAUGAAUAUGAUGGCGGGGUGGCAGGCGGACCUGUCCAACACCACCAUACUGCUGCGGCAGGCGAAGGUGUUCCGGCCGCCAUGUAUACCACGGGGCGAGCAAGGGUCCUCCAAGUUCGUCCGCGGCAGCACCCUCAGCUCCGCGACCUCCCCGGCGCGCUUCGCCGACAUCGAGUGUCGGCGCCGAAAUGCCGACGACGUUUGUGUGUAAUGACGUUAUGAUAUUUUUUUUAUUUAAAUAAAUAAUUUAACAUACAUUUUU